ACACAAAUGUCUGCUGUUUCAUAUUGCUUUCCGAGUUGAACCUUUAACCGUUUUUCGUUCAUAUUUUUUUCUGACAAAAUAUAGGGUGGACGGGUCCCAGAGCCUUUGUGCUAGCUGACUAGCUAACGCUAACGUCGUAGCUUCGUUCUAAUCUAGCUAGCGCGUAAUUUAGCUGACUGGCUAACUGGAUAAUUCGGUUGGCUAAGAACUUCCAGAUCGACCGAAAGGCGUUCGUUAUCCUUCUCUUAACUCCGAAAAGAGUCGCAAGCAAUCGGAUGUUUAUUUUAGACAAUACGGGUACUGUGAUUAGCUAGCUAUAUGUUUAGCUAGCUUGCUAACGCUACGCUUCGUGCGAUUUCAUCCGCCAGCGGCUAUAUGAAGCCCCAUUCCUGUCAUAACCUAGAUUAUCUGAGGUGGUUGCUGAUUGAGCGUUGUCAGGCGUUUUUGUUAGCUUGCUGCUAGCUAGCCUAGCUAUUUCCACCGCGCAGCUAACGGCUAAUAUGUCGGGACUCGCAUGUAUUGUUAUGGCUACGCGGACACGCUGUCAUGAGUAGCGUUAGCGGAUUUCUACAUUUCUGUCCUAGUAAGACCUUCCAGUCGACUAGAUUUGCAUUUUGGGGUGUUUUUUUUCUCCCAAUAAUCAGGUUAUAAAAAUAAAACAACAAGGAUAUCCAGCUGGCGUUAGCUACAUUAUGAGCGAGAUUGUUGGUUUCCAUGGACACGCCUAAGCCGGACUACAGUGGGCGCGUGCCAUCUUACUACUCCCCGAAACUCAGAGUUUAACGAUUAAUCAAUCAAAUAUACAACACGAAACUCGUUAGUGGCUUCGGUCAUCUAAUAAUUGAUUUAAUUUUCCAAACUCCAGAAACACAACUGCACUUUGUUGUCAUCAGAGCUGCAGCUAUAACGCUUUCCAGAAGCAAGAGCGGGGAUGGCCAGUCAGUCGAUGGAGAUUGUAGCGACGGCGCUGGAGCAGCAGGUGUUGCACUCGGCGCGCCUGGUUGAAGAGCAGCUGGACGCGGAGCUGGAGAAGCUGGAGCGCCUGGAUGAGGACGAGCUGGAGCGCCUGAAGGACAGGAGACUGGAAGCCCUCCGGAAAGCCCAGAAACAGAAGCAGGAGUGGCUCUCAAAAGGCCAUGGUGAAUACAGAGAGAUCCCAAGCGAGAAAGACUUCUUUGCUGAGGUCAAAGAAAGCAAGAAUGUGGUUUGCCAUUUCUACAGGGAUACCACUUUCAGAUGUAAAAUUUUAGAUAAGCACUUGGCUGUAGUGGCAAAGAAGCAUCUGGAGACAAAGUUCAUCAAGCUGAAUGUGGAGAAGGCGCCCUUCCUGACCGAGAGGCUUAGGAUCAAAGUCCUCCCUACUCUGGCACUGGUUAAAGACGGGAAGACCAAGGACUACGUGGUGGGCUUUACCGAUCUGGGUAACACGGACGAGUUCACCACUGAGAUGCUGGAGUGGAGGCUGGGCUGCUCAGACAUCAUCAACUACAGUGGGAAUCCUUUGGAGCCCCCUACAGUCAGGCAGAAAGCAGGGUCAAAGUUCACCAAGGUGGAGAAAAAGACGAUAAGAGGGAACGGCUGUGACUCGGACUCGGACGACUAAAGAACACAAAUCUUUCCAAUUUUCUCAGGGCUUCCUACAAAAAGUACUAAGUCUUGUAGAACCAACUUGGCUUACUUGUUUGUCUUUUUGUAUGUUUUACUCAAUUUUCAUACUUCGUGUUUAACACUUAAUUGUGAUCAUUUUGCUUUGAUAAAGUAAUUAAAUACUGAUGCCUGGGAUUUCCUAAUCCUCUCCUCACGCUGUCUUGAGUGCCACGGACAGUCGGAUACGUUCGUUUCGCCGUGGACUUCAGAGACGUGGAGCCUCACGAGUUCCAACUAGCACAGUCGCGCAAUAAAUUCAACAGUGCUUCACUGAUGGAACUGAAAUCCCGUCCUCCAUUUGAUAGCGUAUACUUUAUUCCUCAGGUCCUCUCCUGUUCGAGCAUGACUUGGCUAAAUUCUGCAAGGCAAAAUUAGCUAAAUUCUAGCGCAGGACAGCCUUCAACCCUGCUGGACCACAGAGGCUUGUACAUGUACGUUAUUCUUCGUUUCACCUCUGGGAAUGACAGUGCCGUGGAUGCAGAUGGUACUGUAUUCCCUUGAAAUUAAGAGCACAUGUUGGUUGGGAAACCUGAGACCUGACAUUGGCUAGAUAAUGGACUUCUAUUUGCUCCCCAGGUUUGAACUAAGUGAAGAGAUAAUGUUUUUUUUCCAUCAGGCCACCAAGAAGUGAAAUAUCAUGGGUUAAAUGUGAGUGUUUUUGCCCUACAUGAGUGUUAUGCUCAAGAAUGUUUGUUUUGUGCAUAAAACAAGUGUCAAGACAGCCAGCAUUCUGCUAAUCCACUCCUCUCUGAUCUAUGUAACUGGCAAUAGCCUUGGGUUUUCUUUUUCUAUAAGUAAAUUACUAGUUAUUAAAAACAUUGUCUUCUAUUUUAUUGUCCAUAUAAAUCUGGGUAACAGCAGGGAAAGGUUUACUCAGAUUUUAACUUUGGCUGCUGCUCAAUAAAUUCAGUCAUUUAAGUUGG